CUAACGAUCCUUCAAAUUCCUUUUAUAUAUACAUUUUGUUAUUUUUAAAAUCUCUGUCUCGUUAGAAAGUAUGGGGUAUAUGUGUUGGGCAACUAAAACAAAUCUCUCCUCAAAGUCAUCUAGUAUCUUUUGAAUUUGUCUGUGUCUGAUCUCUCACCUGUUGCUCUUUUUUCUUCUGCUACCCUUCCUCGGGCUCCUCUUGUCUACCCUUCUUUUCCUUUUCCUUUUUGCUCCUUUUUAAGGGGUUUUGGGGUUUGGGUAAAGGGUUUUUUGUGAUUUUCAGCUGCAGAUAUCAUGAUAUAUAGGAUGAUUUUAUGAUUCUGCUUCUUUCUGUUUCUUCACUAGUAUAUAAUAUCCCAUUUUUUUUCUUCUCAUUUUCUGACAUUAAUAUCCAGCUCAAAUUUGGAGUGAAUGGCUGUGCCGCCUAGUAACAGGCUUCGGAAUAUGUUGCAGGCGGCGGUGCAAUCAGUUCAAUGGACCUACAGCCUUUUCUGGCAAAUUUGUCCCCAACAAGGGAUCUUAGUAUGGUCAGACGGAUACUACAAUGGAGCAAUCAAGACACGAAAGACACUGCAACCAAUGGAGGUCAGUGCGGAAGAGGCGGCUUUGCAAAGGAGCCAACAACUUAGAGAGCUCUACGACUCAUUAUCCGCCGGAGAGUCGAACCAGACAGUCCGGCGACCAUCUGCAGCGUUGUCACCGGAGGACUUAACCGAGUCCGAAUGGUUCUAUUUGAUGUGCGUCUCCUUCUCUUUUCCUCCUGGAGUAGGGUUGCCUGGAAAGGCAUAUGCAAGGAGGCAGCAUGUAUGGCUUACGGGUGCAAGUGAGGUUGAUAGUAAAAUUUUCUCAAGAGCUAUUCUUGCUAAGAGUGCUCGUAUACAGACUGUGCUUUGCAUUGCUGUCCACGAUGGUGUUGUUGAACUUGGCACUACGGAAAAGCUCCAAGAGGAUCUAGAGUUAGUCCAACAUGUCAAAACCUUCUUCACAGAUGAUAUAAUUCGUAACCCCAAACCGGCUCUCUCCGAACACUCCACUUCGAACCCCGCCGAUUACACUCGCUUCCACUCUCCUGCACUUCCUCCUACGUACGCAGCUGCAAACCCUAACCUAGACGGCAAUGAAGAAGAAGAAGAAGAAGAAGAAGAAGAAGAAGAAGAAGAGGAAGAGGAAGAAGGACCUGAAUCAGACUGUGCCGAAACGGAUCGAAAUAGCCGCCGAAUGGUGAGAGUAGCAGCUGAGCCAAGCGAGUUAAUGAUGCAGUUGGAAAUGUCGGAAGACAUGAGGCUAGGGUCACCAGACGACGCAUCAAAUAACUUAGACACAGAUAUUCACAUGGCAGGCGUAAGUCAAGCAGAGAAGCAGCGGCGAGCCGAGUCGUUUAAAGCCGAGUUGUGUAGGAGGUGGGAAAUGGUACAGGAGGAGGAGGCAGCAAACAGUGGGCUUGAGUCACGUUAUUCAGGGCUACUGCCGAUGGAUGGACUAGCACAAGAAAACACCCACUAUUCUCAGACCGUCUCCGCCAUCCUCCAAGGCCAACCAACCCGUUGGGCCGACUCAUUGCCAACCUACUCAACGGAAUCAGCGUUUUCCAAGUGGACAAUCCGUUCAGACCACCACCAGCUCCCAGUGGCCCUCGAAGGAGCGUCCUCCCAGUGGCUCCUCAAGUACAUUCUAUUUAGUGUUCCGCUCCUCCACAGCAAAUACCGCGACGAGAACUCACCCAAGGCACGUGACGCCGAUGCCGCCGCCAGGUUCCGCAAGGGGACCCCGCAGGAGGAGCUCAGCGCCAACCAUGUACUAGCAGAGAGGAGGCGACGGGAAAAGCUCAACGAACGGUUCAUCAUAUUAAGAUCCUUGGUUCCAUUCGUUACCAAAAUGGAUAAAGCUUCCAUACUCGGGGACACCAUCGAGUACGUCAAACAGUUACGUAAAAAGAUACAAGAACUGGAAACACGAAACAAGGAAAUAGAAGCCCAUAACGAACGGCCAAGAUCAGCAGAUUCGCUGCAGAGAAGUGGGGUAACGGUGUCGGAGAGGGCACGAUCAUUGGGUCCAGAACCAGGGCGGGAGAAAAGGAAGAUGAGGAUAGUGACAGAGAGUAGAGGUGAAGCUAGGCCAAAGAAGACGCAGCCCGAAACGGCGUUGGAGGUGUCGAUAAUAGAAAAUGACGCGUUGUUGGAGUUGCAAUGCGAGUAUAGGGAAGGGUUGUUGGUUGAUAUAAUGCGGAUGCUGAGGGAACAGCUUCGAAUUGAGAUAACGACGGUUCAGUCUUCUUUGAAUAAUGGAGUGUUAGCAGCUGAGUUGAGAGCCAAGGUGAAGGAUAAUGUAAACGGAAAGAAAGUAAGCAUAACGGAGGUGAAGUGGGCCAUAAAUCAAAUGAUACCUUCAUUCUAAUCCACAUACUUUAUCUCCAUCUUAAAAUUAUUUACAAACAGGAGUACAAAUUUUCCCAGGAAUGGGGAAGGAUAUUAUGAGGUUGAACUGCAGUAAUUCCUUAUAACUGUAAAUUUUAACAGAAAAUAAAAUGAAAUGUUGCCAGAAACAAACCUGUUCAUGUACAUUGUUUAAAAUCUCCUCUCAUCUUCAAGGGGGAUGAGCUAAUCUCAUUCAAGUUCAGUGUGCAUUGUACGGGGUGAAUCCCAAAACACUAGAGGGAUUACAAAAAUUGUUGUGUGUAUGUGCCAUUGCCAUAGGCUAUAUGUUUAGCAUUCAA